UUGCCCGCAGAGGUAAUCCAGCCUCCCUUCUACUUCGUGCACAUCUAUCCGCGUUUGAUUUCCUGGUUCCAGCGCCACAAGCUUGAUUUUUUCCCUCGGGCAGAUCUUCCCACUUUUUCACUCGUCCCUCCGAUCAUUCGCCUACAUUGGCUCCAUUCACCUUGAAGCCAAUUCUUCCACACCCGCCGCUCUCGCCUGGCUCUUGCCUUGAAGCAGACGCAUCCUCCAUCCUCCACCACAUCGACCGUUCUCCUGCCACAAUUCUUCUGCUCGGAUCCAAUUGGCACUUCCCAGGUACAGUAGAUAAACCUUCUGCCGUCAGUGCGUCAACCUUCCCUUCUCCUCCACACCUCUCUCCUCCCCUGUCAUCAACCUCGCCUUUAUCAUCCUCUCUCUCCUACGACUUCUCACGCAAUCCCUUACACAGGUAGUCGUGCAUCAUCUUACCAGCCGCACCCUUUACGUCGCGUAACCCUCACUCCACAUCAACCAACGACGCCUUCGUCACUUCAGAUCUCUACACAAUGAAGACUGUCAUUACUGCCGCCAUUGCCUUCGCGGGUCUCUCUCUUGCGCAGAGCCUCGACAGCUUGCCACAAUGCGGUCAACUCUGCAUCAAUAACAUGCUUGGGCAAGCCACCAACUUGGGCUGCGAUUCCAGCAACGAUCCUGCCUGUCUCUGCUCGAGCGCAGACUUUGGCUACGGCAUUCGUGACUGCGCUAUUCAGGCAUGCCCCAGUGGUACAGAUCUCGGAUCUAUCAUUCAGUAUGGACUUGACUAUUGUGCUGCUGCUAGUGGAAACAACGGCGCAACCUUUAGUGCAACUGACGCUUUGACCGCUGCUGGAACCGCAACCGGUGCUGUGGGCAGUCUAUCUGGUAUUACUGGAGCCACUGAGACUGCAACUGGCGGUGCUGGCGGCGCGUCUUCAGCCCCAGUCUCAACCGAGGCUGUCGUCACCACCAUUGUCAGCGAUGGCAGUACCAUCACUAGCACCAUUGGUAGCACCACCAUCUUCAGCGAAGCCACUGGUGCCGCUGGCGCUGCUUCCUCGGCCAUUAGCACUGAGGCAAUCGUGACUACUAUUGUCAGCGACGGAUCAACCAUCACCAGCACUAUUGGCAGCACCACGCUGUUCACUGAAAUCAGUGGAGCGGCAAGCUCUGCCUCUGGCGCUGCUUCCUCUGCAUUGUCUGGAGCCUCUUCAGCCGCCUCUGGUGCCGCGACCAGUGCUUCUGGUGCAGUGACCUCUGCCACAGGUGCCGCUGGUACAGCAGCCAGUUCUGCUACAGGUGCUGCUGGAUCUGCAGCCACCUCUGCUACUGGCGCAGCUGGUUCCGCUGCCACCUCUGCUACUGGUGCAGCUGGUUCUGCUGCUAGCUCUGCCACAGGCGCUGCUGGGUCUGCGGCCAGUUCUGCAUCCGGUGCUGCAGGAUCCGCAGCCAGCUCCGCGACUGACAAUGCUGCCAUGCCGCAAAUCACUUUCGCCGCUCAGGGCGUGGCUGGUCUCGCCGGUCUCGCCGCUGUGAUGUUGCUCUGAUACACCGACUACGAGUGGAUCGCCGCAGGAGCUUCUUGUACGAUUUAUUUUCCACAUUACUGUUGAUACCCCAUAUCAAGACGGGCGUUACUUUGCAUGAUGGGCCAAAAGGAAACACAUACGUCUGUCAUUCAGGGCAUGCAUGCAACGUUUCUGCGCUUUCUAAGCAUUUCAGGAAGCUUGACAAUGCUUGAUGGGUUCUCAAAACCGCGGCAAAGGUCACGCCAUUAAACAUGAUAGGCAUUGAGCUCUAAUAGGUCCAUAGAAGGGCUGAUAGUUAAUACAGGAGAGUACUGAACAUCUGUAACAUGCUCGAUAAGACGUGAAUGUGAGAUGCCUCGGAUACUAUAG